AUGCAGUUACUGUUUGGUGAGAUUCUUGGAAGCAAUGGCGUCACACUGCUCUCUGUUCUAUUGGAUCCAUCUUUGAGUCCAAAGACUAACACAACAAAUGGCUUGUAUCAUUUUACCAUCCGUGACAAGUUGGAUUCUACCUGCUUUGAGUUUAAGAAGGACCAUGCUGUGAUGGAAAAACUUGACAGUCUGGUGCAGCUCAUGUUUCAUGGUAUUGGCUUUGGUGCCAUGCAGCAUUCGGAAAUAAAGGAAAUGGAAGAGUGUGGGAGGCCAAGAUUCUUCAAUGGCGAGAUAUGGUAUUCGCCAGAGGGUUUCAAGCAGUCAAAUGUUUUCCGGACAUCCAAUGGUUUUGUGGAAAGACGUCUACCGUGGUCCUUGAGUUGCUUUUAUCUCUUGUAUCUUCUUGCCAAAGAAGAAACGGGAUAUUCUUGUUCAGUCAAUGGACUGAAGCCAACACACAUGGCCCAGGAGAUAUUCCAGCUAGAUACUCUUCCUUCUAUGCUGGAUCUUCGUCAUGUGUGA